CGUCCAAACUCGCAAGAGUAAAAGCCGGUCUCUCGGGAGGCGUAUGCGGAACGCAACUUCCUCGCCCUUUUGUUUCCCUACGGAAAGAUUUUUUUUUUCACUCACCGGAACCGACUGGUGUGAGAGAGGCACAGCGACCCACAAGAUCCGUCUUCCCCCCAGCGGCACGCGGGGCAGAGCAUCACAGGCCCCGGAAGGAGGUGGGAACGUGUCGGCGCGGCGUGUUCGCGGACUCGCGUGCUGGGAGUGAGUGCGUGUUGCUGCCUGCCCCCUGCCUGUGGCUGGACGACGAGGCGACCCGAGUCCCCCCGGUGCCUCGGCAGCCGAGCUCGGGUGCGCCAUGGCCGGGCGGUCCCGGCGGCGCGGCGCGGCCCGGUGGGCGGCGGUGCAGGCCAGGGCGGGUCGCCGCGCGGCGGACGAGCCCGAGGACGGCGUGGGGCUGCCGCCCUCGCCGGGGGACUCGAGCUACUACCAAGAUGAGGUAGACGACUUCCAUGAGGCUCGGUCCCGGACAGCCCUGGCCAAGGGCGGGAACGAAGCGGACAGCGGGGACGAGGAGAGCGAGGAGGAGGAGGAGGAGGUGCUGGCCUUGGAUGUGGAGGAGGACGAUGAAGAAGGAGAGAGCUCAGGGGAGGAGGAGGAAGACGAUGAUGGUGGGAGCUCCGUGCAGAGCGAGGCCGAGGCCUCUGUGGACCCCACUCUGUCGUGGGGUCAGAGGAAGAAACUUUACUAUGACACGGACUAUGGCACCAAGGCCCGGGGCCGGCGGAGCCAACAAGAAGUAGAGGAGGAAGAGAGGGAGGAGGAGGAGGAAGCGCAGGUGAUUCAGCGGCGCCUCGCCCAAGCCCUGCAAGAGGAUGACUUUGGGGUCUCCUGGGUGGAAGCCUUUGCAAAACCAGUACCCCACAAAGAGGAGGCUGCCACGCGAGUCACGAAGGACCUGGCCAAGGUGUCCGUGAAAGAGAAGCUCAAGAUGUUGCGCAAGGAGGCCCCCGAGCUCCUGGAGCUCAUUGAGGACCUCAAAGUCAAGCUGACGGAGGUCAAGGACGAGCUGGAGCCGCUGCUGCAGUUGGUGGACCAAGGCACCAUUCCGUCCGGGAAAGGAAGCCAGUACCUGCGGACCAAGUACAACCUCUACUUAAACUACUGCUCCAACAUCAGCUUCUACUUGAUGCUGAAAGCCCGGAGGGUCCCUGCGCACGGGCAUCCCGUCAUAGAAAGGCUAGCCACCUACCGCAACCUCAUCAACCAGCUGGCGACUGUGGAUGAGAAGCUGUCCUCGGAAAUCCGUUACCUCCUCUCCCUUAAGGACGGACAGAGCCCAGGGGCCAAGCGGCCCAAGGCUAAGCCCAGGCCUGGCCCAGGGAGCUCAGCCGCAGCCCCCUCUGUCCCAGACCUUUCUGACGACUCGGAUCUUGAUGAGGCUGCCCUGAACAACUCCCAGGAGAAGAAAGACGGGCAACAGCUGAAGAGAAAGAAGGAAGACAGCGCCGAGGAAGCGGGCCCUGGGGAUCAAAACGCCAAGAGAGCCAUUACCUACCAGAUCGCCAAAAACAGGGGACUGACCCCCAGGAGGAAGAAGAUCGACCGCAAUCCGAGAGUGAAGCACAGGGAGAAGUUCCGCCGAGCCAAGAUCCGGAGGCGAGGCCAGGUGCGCGAGGUGCGCACGGAGGAGCAGCGCUACAGCGGGGAGCUCUCCGGCAUCCGCGCGGGGGUUAAAAAGAGCAUUAAGCUUAAAUAAAGGCUCUCGUAGCUUCGUUGAGGUUUCUGGCAGUCAUCUUAGAGCAAUAAAUUGCAUUUUUAGUGACUGAAGCGGCA